AUGGUGGUGUCUCUGACCGAUAGGUUACAGGAGGAGGUGUCUCUGACCGAUAGGUUACAAGAGGAGAUGUCUCUGACCGAUAGGUUACAAGAGGAUGUGUCUCUGACCGAUAGGUUACAAGAGGAGGUGUCUCUGACCGAUAGGUUACAAGAGGAGGUGUCUCUGACCGAUAGGUUACAAGAGGAGGUGUCUCUGACCGAUAGGUUACAAGAGGAGGUGUCUCUGACCGAUAGGUUACAAGAGGAGGUGUCUCUGACCGAUAGGUUACAAGAGGAGGUGUCUCUGACCGAUAGGUUACAAGAGGAGGUGUCUCUGACCGAUAGGUUACAAGAGGAGGUGUCUCUGACCGAUAGGUUACAAGAGGAGGUGUCUCUGACCGAUAGGUUACAAGAGGAGGUGUCUCUGACCGAUAGGUUACAAGAGGAGGUGUCUCUGACCGAUAGGUUACAAGAGGAGGUGUCUCUGACCGAUAGGUUACAAGAGGAGGUGUCUCUGACCGAUAGGUUACAAGAGGAGGUGUCUCUGACCGAUAGGUUACAAGAGGAGGUGUCUCUGACCGAUAGGUUACAAGAGGAGGUGUCUCUGACCGAUAGGUUACAAGAGGAGGUGUCUCUGACCGAUAGGUUACAAGAGGAGGUGUCUCUGACCGAUAGGUUACAAGAGGAGGUGUCUCUGACCGAUAGGUUACAAGAGGAGGUGUCUCUGACCGAUAGGUUACAAGAGGAGGUGUCUCUGACCGAUAGGUUACAAGAGGAGGUGUCUCUGACCGAUAGGUUACAAGAGGAGGUGUCUCUGACCGAUAGGUUACAAGAGGAGGUGUCUCUGACCGAUAGGUUACAAGAGGAGGUGUCUCUGACCGAUAGGUUACAAGAGGAGGUGUCUCUGACCGAUAGGUUACAAGAGGAGGUGUCUCUGACCGAUAGGUUACAAGAGGAGGUGUCUCUGACCGAUAGGUUACAAGAGGAGGUGUCUCUGACCGAUAGGUUACAAGAGGAGGUGUCUCUGACCGAUAGGUUACAAGAGGAGGUGUCUCUGACCGAUAGGUUACAAGAGGAGGUGUCUCUGACCGAUAGGUUACAAGAGGAGGUGUCUCUGACCGAUAGGUUACAAGAGGAGGUGUCUCUGACCGAUAGGUUACAAGAGGAUGUGUCUCUGACCGAUAGGUUACAAGAGGAGGUGUCUCUGACCGAUAGGUUACAAGAGGAGGUGUCUCUGACCGAUAGGUUACAAGAGGAGGUGUCUCUGACCGAUAGGUUACAAGAGGAGGUGUCUCUGACCGAUAGGUUACAAGAGGAGGUGUCUCUGACCGAUAGGUUACAAGAGGAGGUGUCUCUGACCGAUAGGUUACAAGAGGAGGUGUCUCUGACCGAUAGGUUACAAGAGGAGGUGUCUCUGACCGAUAGGUUACAAGAGGAGGUGUCUCUGACCGAUAGGUUACAAGAGGAGGUGUCUCUGACCGAUAGGUUACAAGAGGAGGUGUCUCUGACCGAUAGGUUACAAGAGGAGGUGUCUCUGACCGAUAGGUUACAAGAGGAGGUGUCUCUGACCGAUAGGUUACAAGAGGAGGUGUCUCUGACCGAUAGGUUACAAGAGGAGGUGUCUCUGACCGAUAGGUUACAAGAGGAGGUGUCUCUGACCGAUAGGUUACAAGAGGAGGUGUCUCUGACCGAUAGGUUACAAGAGGAGGUGUCUCUGACCGAUAGGUUACAAGAGGAGGUGUCUCUGACCGAUAGGUUACAAGAGGAGGUGUCUCUGACCGAUAGGUUACAAGAGGAGGUGUCUCUGACCGAUAGGUUACAAGAGGAGGUGUCUCUGACCGAUAGGUUACAAGAGGAGGUGUCUCUGACCGAUAGGUUACAAGAGGAGGUGUCUCUGACCGAUAGGUUACAAGAGGAGGUGUCUCUGACCGAUAGGUUACAAGAGGAGGUGUCUCUGACCGAUAGGUUACAAGAGGAGGUGUCUCUGACCGAUAGGUUACAAGAGGAGGUGUCUCUGACCGAUAGGUUACAAGAGGAGGUGUCUCUGACCGAUAGGUUACAAGAGGAGGUGUCUCUGACCGAUAGGUUACAAGAGGAGGUGUCUCUGACCGAUAGGUUACAAGAGGAGGUGUCUCUGACCGAUAGGUUACAAGAGGAGGUGUCUCUGACCGAUAGGUUACAAGAGGAGGUGUCUCUGACCGAUAGGUUACAAGAGGAGGUGUCUCUGACCGAUAGGUUACAAGAGGAGGUGUCUCUGACCGAUAGGUUACAAGAGGAGGUGUCUCUGACCGAUAGGUUACAAGAGGAGGUGUCUCUGACCGAUAGGUUACAAGAGGAGGUGUCUCUGACCGAUAGGUUACAAGAGGAGGUGUCUCUGACCGAUAGGUUACAAGAGCAGGUGUCUCCGACCGAUAGGUUACAGGAGGAUGUGUCUCUGACCGAUAGGUUACAAGAGAAGGUGUCUCUGACCGAUAGGUUACAAGAGGAGGUGUCUCUGACCGAUAGGUUACAAGAGGAGGUGUCUCUGACCGAUAGGUGA